UUAAUAAUUUUAUAAUUUGUUAUAAAAGUAAUUCGAAUAAUUGGUGAAAAUAUCGAAUUUAAAUAUUAAAAUUGAUCGAACAAUAUGUUAUUUUUGACAAGUGGUUUCUUUGUUAUUCUCAUUGUUCAAUUGCCAAUAACGUUGGCAAGAUUUAUGGUCAACGAUGAGUUGGACAAAUUACCUGAUAAAUGGAAGAUCGUGUCACCAGAAUUGAAACCUCCGCAAAUUGAGCUCAAAUUGUUAAAAGACUCGCAGGAUAAAAAAUAUACGAGUAGCAUAGAAUAUAUAAUUACGUAUGAUAACAACAUAGAAUUAAAGAAUGGAAACAUUGAUAAGAACAUAAAAGAAAAUAAAGUCAAUAUUGAUUUGAAAAAAAAUAUCAAGGAUGGGAGUAAAAAUGAAAAAAUUAAAUCAUUACCUUCUAAAAAAAUUAUUGACAUCAAUAUCUGUCCUAAGAAUCAGAAAUUAGAUCACUUGGGAAGGUGUAGAGAAGUCGUUUAUUUCAUAAAUUGAAGAACAGCUGCAAUUGAUUAGACUUUCAAGAUAAAACUGAAUGCUUUUAUCAUUAUCACUAUGAAAGUACGAAAGUUUUUUUAAAAAAUCUCUUAUAUAUUAAUUUAGAAAUAGUAUAAAAAAUAGUAUAAAAAUAUACUUCUUAUUUGUCAACGAUAUAAAGAAUCUUAUACAUGAAUAUACCUAGAAAUUCUUUCAGUUUUAAUAAUUUAUGAAUUUAAAUAUUAGAUAAUCAAGAAAAUUUUGUUGUUUCUUUUAUAAUA